AAGUCCUCCUUUAGAUCUCUAGGUAAACAAACCUGCGUGUCUGUAAGAUAGACGUAGUCAUUUAACAAACAGCCUCAGUUCACGAACAAUUCACAGUCUCAGCUUCAACAUCUGAAUGCAGCUGGUUGUGAUCAUCGGAAUCCGGAUGUGAUGAAAAUGUUUGAGCUCAAAGUUUCUCCAGCAGCAGCAGCUCGAGCGCGCGGGAGUCUUGCGCACAAACUCAUUAUUCAGCGUCUGCCUGACAGGGAUUUUUGUACUAUUUUUGUGAGGAAUCUGAUAGUUUUUACAGAGUUUUGAUCCUAAACAGGCUAUUAAGGAAACUUUUUCUAACGGGACUUCGUUUUGCCUGAAGAAAGGAUGCGAAUAAAGGCGUUUGGGAGUUAACAUGUUUGAAAGGUUUGAGGGCUGAUUGCGUGGGGGAUUGUUGUUUUUGGGUGUGUUUAGUAUCUAAACAUCUGGCUCAUGUCCUCGGAGACUAUUUUACCUCCGGAGGGGCCCGAAGGGCCAAAAAAGCAGCUACAAGAAGAGACAAACCCACUCCUGUCCAAAUCAACAGAUAAAUGCAACAGCUGCACUGAUGAAUCCUCAGAUGCUACAGAAACAUCCCAAACUCCGAUACCAGGAGAUGUCACUUCAGACGGGCAGGAUCACAUGACCGAGAACCACACCCAUGAUUGUGUUAGGACUCAACCUCAGCCUCUGCCCCAGCCAGCAACAUCCCUGCAACAUGGCAUCGACGGAGAGGCUGCCAGACAGCAGAACGGCCUGCACACAGUGCUAAGUAACGGCCACGGCACGCCCCGCGGGGUUAUGCAGCCGCCCUCCACCGGCCCCACAUCUGAGUCCAGGAAGCACCCGUCGCCCGUCUCGCACCGUGUGCAGAGAAAGCUUCGCUCUAGUCUGUCGGUCAACAGCGACAGCAGCAGAAGGAGCAAAAGCAGCUCGACGGGUUCCCAUAAACCCGGCUCAACUCCAGAGGACUGCUGUGUCCACUGCAUCCUGGCCUGCCUGUUUUGUGAAUUUCUCACUCUGUGCAAUAUGGUGGUGGCUCAGGCCUCGUGCGGCACCUGCACAUCAGAAGCCUGUUGCUGCUGCUGCUGCGCAGACGACCUGGGAGACGACUGCAACUGCCCCUGUGACAUGGACUGUGGCAUUAUGGAUGCGUGCUGUGAGUCCUCGGACUGCCUGGAGAUCUGCAUGGAGUGCUGCGGAAUCUGUUUCCCAACAUAAAAGCCCUGAUACAUGCAGGCCACAGCCAGGACAGAUGUUGAGCUAGAGAGUGUGUCUGUGCGUAUAUCUCUGUGUGUGUGUGUGAAUGAGAGCUAUGGAGUGUGUUCUUUUCACACUUGUGAAAAAUCUGUUCCUGAGCUCAAGAUGACCAUAAAGGUCAUAAGAAAGGACUAAAAUACAUUUACAUACUUCACAUAUCCUCGUAGACUAAAAGUGCAUAAAGACAUAGAUAUUCAGCUGAAGGAUAGGAUGCCGAGCUGCCCUAUCCUUCACAGCGCUUUAUAUUAAAUGCUUUAAUGUAUCAGAGCUUGUUCUAUUUACUGUUUUUACAUGUCUUUGCAGAGGUUUUUGACACAUUUCUUUAGUUUUUAAAGACACUUCACACUUUAUAAUUUUAAAAACUUGCAGAUGUUGAAAUUAAAACGGUAGACGUCAUACAACUUGAGGUCGCUCUGCACAUCACUGUAAUUCGAGUGGAAACGCGGCGCUUUCACACUGUCAGAGGUCAAGCCUUUGUGGGUGUUAAGUGGGAUUCUUAUUUUGAACUGUUUCUGAAAAACAGAGAGGGCUGUUUAAAUGAUGCUGAUUUUGUAAGUCUUUAUUUAAACUGCAUCUACUGUAGCUCAUUUAAUUAAAUGUCCCUAAGUUCUUGAAACGACAUUAGCAGUUGGCUUGCUGGUGCUUUAAAGACACACAGAUGAACUGGAUACACAGAAUAGUAUAGAAUGCAGAUGCCGAAAUCCACUUUAUGCAAGAUUUUUCGUAACUCUACAAGUUACGUGUAAACUUGACUUUUUGUUUUACUUUAUUAAGCCUCUGCUAAAGAUACACUAGAAAAGCACCUUUUUGCUUUAGUACUUAAGUGAAUAUUAAAUACACUAUUGCAAAGAGUUAUUUUCCUGUUAAAUCAUACAUGUAGUUCAGAUUGCAUUGCCUAAGGCCUUCUUGUGAAUUGUUCAAAGCUGGCAUUUGUCGGCAUUAUGUAAGCUAAUGUUAGCAUCAUAACAUUAACACAGUUGGUUUUUUGUUCAUAGUGCGCAAUGCCUUCGGUACGCUGUGCGUUUGUGAUUCGUCUGACUCAUCUCGUCAAAACUGCUUGCGACACAUUUGCCAAACUGCACUUCAGAACACAGUGUGACUGAACUGACCUGAAACAUUCAACUGAACCCGGUUCAAAACAAACAACUUUACCUCUACAGACUUUACCUCUCCAGAAUCAGACUAGUUCUUGUGUGUCUUUUGACGAGACCCACUUUAAAAAAAACUUACAUCGACUGGCUCUUUUACACUGAAAAUAUGCAAAAGUAUAGUUGAUUUAAGAUGCUAUAAGUUUGUUGUUAAUGUAAAGGCUUUUCAAAUGAAAGAAAUGCAUUUUAAUAGUAAGCAAACAUUUCCAAAUUCAUUUAAAUUAAUUUCUUAUUAUAUAUUGAAGAGAACUUGAAAAAUGCGCAUAAAUGUAUCAAUACAAAAAUAUAUACAUUGACAUAAAUUGAUGUAAAAUCUAUUUCAUUAAAAAAUGAUUAAGAUAAAAAUUUAAAUAUGCAGUUAUUUAUAUUUAAUUGCAACACAAAUGUGUCUUCUAAUGCUCGUCUGUAGCUAAUUGCAAUUUGAGAUGACCAGACAAAAUUGUAAUAGUCUAUUAAAAAAACAACAACAAUCAUGCUUUCCACAUAUAAAAAUUCAGGUGCCAUAAUUAUGAAACUUAUUUUUUAAAAGAAUGUGAAUAGAGCUUAGCAUUUUUAUCUGUAUUCAUACUGUAUUCAGCCCAUUUUUCUGUGUUUUUCCUCUUUGUCCUCAAUUCACUUUUUAAAUGUUUUCAGUAUGUACCAAGCGUAGUUUUGUUAAUGGACCAUCAACAUUGCAAUUUUCUAAAAAUAAAAUGUUAAACUGGAGACUAAGAUGUCUGUAUCUGCUUGUGAUGCAGAAUUGUGUGAUUAUUCACUGAAAAUCGGCUACACGGUUUUUCUCAAAAAGCUGCCCGUGGUCUGAAUGUUUAUCAGGUGCAUGUCAUGCAUCAGUGCAGCUGAGCUGUUUCCCAUUGCAUUCAGGCAUGUGGUAAUUGACUCACCUGUACAAGGUUCAGAGAUGGAUAUAAUGUGUAUCGUUAGCAUCAUAGUCAGCGGAUCAAAUUGUAAUGUCUCCAGGGAGAUUUGAAAGGUUUGUGAUAGAUUCAGGACGGUACUUCACACUGAAUUAAAGGUUAGAGGAGUUGUACAGUCUAUUAAAUUGUCUGAGGUGUUUUAGAAGGUGGUUGAUUAUGUUUCCAAAAGGCAUGACUUUGCCCCUUUGUCAAUUAACAGAAGUGUUUCCCCCCUUUGUCCGUUACAUACUGUAAUAUACAUACCGUAACAUUAAGACUUGUGUGCAUUAUGCAUUGCAAAAGAUGAGUACAUUUUAGUAAAAAGGUGAAGAAUAAUUGUUAAAUUAAAGGAAUAGUUAACCCCAAAAUGAAAAUUGGCUGAAAAUUUGCCUCAACUUGAAUAAAUUUUCAGCAAAUUUUUCUUUUUUGGUGAACUAUUCCUUUUAUUCAAAAAUGUUGAGUAUUGCCCAUUUACUAUGAUUGAACUUGUUUGUGUAUUUAUAUUUAUAUUUAAAUAUAGACAUAUAUGGAAAACAAAUUAUAUUAAACACUACUGUUCAAAAGUUUGGUGUCGGUGAACAAUAAUAUUCUACAAUAUCAUUAUACAAUUUAAACUGUUUUGUGUUUGAAUGUAUUUUAAAAUGUAAUUUGAUCCUGUGAUGACAAAGCUGAAUUUUUAGCUUCAGUGUCACAUGAUCCAACAUUUCUUAUUAUUAUCAAUGUUGAAAACGGUUGUUCUAUUUAAUUUGUUUGUGGAAAAUAUGAUGCUUUUUCAGGAUUAUUUGAUAAAUAGAAAGUAAAAAAAAAACAUUCAAUUGAUAUAGUUUUUACAACCUUCUUUAUUGCAUCUUUUAAAUCUUUAUUGUAACUUUUUAUCAAGUUAAUGCAUCCUCCUUACUGAAUAAAAGUUUUAAUUAAAAAAAAAAAAAAAAACAUCUUAAUGACCCCAAAUGUGCAAACAGUAAUAUAUUCAACACUUUAUUAUAUUGGUCAUCAGCCACCUUGGUUUCUACUGGCUAAAAUCUGCCUUUUUAAUAAAACCCAUUCACUCAUUGUGCCGCUACAUCAGGAACAUAGCCAGCCGCAUUGCAUAAGUCAGGAGAAACUGGAGCCUUUCCCACUGGCUGGUGGUCUUCCCUGACCUUUGACAAACCUUUGUCCCUGUUAACCUCUCAAUUAACCUCGACACCACCCCACCUGUGCUGCCUUCUGUUCCCACUGACAACCUGCUGCCGCCCCCUCACUUCCUUCUGUCAAUUUCCACCCAGAUAGCGCCUGCCAGGACAUUACCAUCUUAUUUCACUAAUGGUUUUGCUGAAAAUAUUGGAA